AUGCUAUCGCUGGACGAGCUCUCCCUGCCUCCCGUCACCGUCCCACCCCUAGAGGAACGCGAACAUGGUAUCGAUCGGCUGGCGGCCCUCGAGCGCCGCGGCGGCACGAGGCCCUCGGAGACGCUCGACGCUCGACAGCCGCUAGAAGACCUCUCGUCGAAACGCUAUAAGGUAGAGAUCGGCCAGGAGGACGAGGAUCUUCCGCGCCCGGGGGCGGUGCCCCCAACAGGCCUCCAGCUGGCGGAAUACGUCGUGGAGGAAUACCCAGUCGUCAAGCAGCUGCCUCUCCCUCUAGCCGAGGCCCUCGAUGAUCGUGCCGGUAUCCUCGCCCUCCCCCGGCGGCUAGGUCCGCUCACUGAUCCAGAGCUCCCGGCAGUGGGAGGGGGAGGCCCCUUAUCCCCCUAG